UAUAAAGCACACCACCACCACCUCCCCACCGUUUCCUCUCUAAACCACAGAAAGCUUUUCAUUACUCACCUCUUCUUCCAUUUCCACAAUCUUUUGUCGCGAUCACACGGUUUGUAAUGGAUAUCUUCGACAACUCUGACCUUGAAUACCUCGUUGAUGACUUUCACGGCUUCUCUGAUUCUGAAGAUGAUGAACCCUUUGGAGAGUUUGAUCACAAGAGUGAAGCUGACUCUGAUUUCGAGGAUGAUCUUGACCCGACUCAGGAGAGUGAUACGUCAGCGUUAGAAGCUAGGAACGGGAAAGAUAUUCAAGGGAUCCCUUGGGAGAGGCUUAAUUACAGUAGAGAUCAAUACCGUUACAAGAGGUUGCAACAGUAUAAGAAUUUUGAGAUCCUCUUUAGGUCCAGACAAGACCUUGAUAAGGAAUGCUUGCAAGUAGAGAAAGGAAAACACUUUUAUGACUUCCAGUUCAACACGAGGCUUGUUAAGUCCACUAUUGCACAUUUUCAGCUGAGGAACUUGCUUUGGGCAACAACAAAACACGACGUGUAUUUCAUGAAGAACUACUCCCUCAUGCAUUGGUCUUCUUUGCUGCAAACGAGCAAAGAAGUACUUAACGUGGCAAAGCCAAUUGUUCCUACUAUGAAGCAGCCUGGAUUGUUGUCGCAGUCUAUAUCAAGAGUCCAGAUAAGCACCAUGGCAGUUAAAGACGAUUUGAUAGUUGCGGGAGGGUUCCAAGGAGAGCUUAUCUGUAAGAGAAUCAACGAACCUGGAGUUGCAUUCUGUACUGUUCUAACAUCGGUUGAAAACGACAUCACAAACUCGGUUGAUAUAUACAACGCACCAAGUGGCUCGUUAAGAGUUAUAACCGCGAACAAUGACUGCACCGUCCGUGUACUUGACGCUACAAACUUUGCUUUCCUCAACAGUUUUACCUUUGACUGGUCGGUAAAUAACGUGACGGCAAGUCCAGACGGUAAGCUAGUGGCUGUCUUAGGAGACAGUCCCGAGUGCUUACUAGCCGAUGCUGGAUCAGGUAAAGUGAUCCAUGCCCUCGAAGGCCAUCUCGACUACUCGUUUUCAUCAGCAUGGCAUCCAAACGGGCAAAUCCUAGCCACGGGGAACCAAGACACAACAUGCAGGCUAUGGGACGUGAGGAACUUAUCUAAGUCGCUCAAAGUGUUGAAAGGAAACAUGGGAGCUAUUAGAGCGUUGAGGUUUGCUUCUGAUGGACGGUUCUUGGCCAUGGCUGAGCCAGCAGACUUUGUGCACGUGUUUGACACGGAAGCUGGUUAUAGUCAGUGUCAAGAGAUUGAUAUGUUUGGAGAAAUAGCUGGAAUAUCGUUUAGUCCUGACACGGAAGCACUGUUCGUGGGAGUGGCUGAUCGUACAUACGGUAGCUUGUUGGAGUUUAGUAGGAAGCGUAACCACUUGUACUUGGAUUCCAUUUUCUGAUCUGACUCCAGUGAGCUCUAUGUGUGUGAGAGGUUAUGUUACGACGUUGGUAAGGGUUAAGUCGUUGUUUUUGUGGACUUUUGUACCUUUGUUUGCCACUUCAUGUAAGUUUAUUGAUAGAUAUAUUAGUUCUAUGCAAGGUUAUUGCAGUUUAAUUACAACAUGGGUUGGUUAAUA